UUGGAUUGCAUAAGAAAGUCAUCAAUAUGGUACACAAUUUGCUUUCCAGCCAUGACUCAGACCCACGGUACUCUGACCCUCAGAUAAAAGCUCGGGUGGCUAUGCUGUAUCUACCUCUGAUUGGUAUUAUCAUGGAAACUGUCCCUCAGCUGUAUGAUUUCACAGAAACACACAAUCAGCGAGGAAGGCCAAUUUGUGUAGCCACUGAUGAUUAUGAAAGUGAGAGCGGAAGUAUGAUAAGCCAGACCGUUGCCAUGGCAAUAGCUGGAACAUCCGUGCCUCAACUCACAAGGCCUGGCAGUUUCCUCCUCACAUCGACGAGUGGCAGACAACACACUACCUUUUCAGCAGAAUCAAGUCGGAGCCUUUUGAUCUGUCUACUGUGGGUUCUCAAAAACGCAGAUGAAACAGUUCUACAAAAGUGGUUCACAGAUCUCUCUGUCCUGCAGCUAAACCGGCUAUUAGAUCUGCUAUAUCUCUGUGUGUCUUGCUUUGAGUACAAAGGGAAAAAAGUAUUUGAAAGAAUGAAUAGUUUGACCUUCAAAAAAUCAAAAGACAUGAGAGCAAAGCUUGAAGAAGCUAUUCUUGGGAGCAUAGGCGCUAGGCAAGAGAUGGUGCGCCGAAGCCGAGGACAGCUUGGUACGUACACAAUGUCUUCCCCUUCUGAGAGAAGCCCAUCAGGAAGUGCCUUUGGAAGUCAGGAGAAUCUGAGGUGGAGAAAAGACAUGACUCACUGGCGUCAGAACACAGAGAAGCUUGACAAGUCGAGAGCAGAGAUUGAACAUGAAGCACUGAUUGAUGGAAACCUGGCUACAGAAGCAAACCUCAUCAUUUUGGAUACAUUAGAGAUUGUUGUCCAGACAGUUUCUGUAACAGAAUCCAAAGAGAGCAUCCUUGGCGGGGUGCUAAAAGUGCUACUGCAUAGCAUGGCCUGCAACCAAAGUGCAGUUUAUCUACAACACUGUUUUGCCACCCAGAGAGCCCUGGUUUCAAAGUUCCCUGAACUCUUGUUUGAAGAAGAGACAGAGCAGUGUGCUGAUUUGUGCCUCAGGCUUCUCCGACACUGUAGCAGUAGCAUCGGUUCGAUUCGGUCACAUGCCAGUGCCUCUCUUUAUCUACUAAUGAGACAAAACUUUGAGAUUGGCAAUAACUUUGCCAGGGUUAAAAUGCAAGUAACAAUGUCACUAUCCUCCUUGGUGGGCACAUCCCAGAAUUUUAAUGAAGAAUUCUUAAGACGUUCUCUAAAGACUAUAUUGACAUAUGCAGAAGAAGAUCUGGAAUUGAGGGAAACAACUUUUCCUGAUCAGGUCCAAGAUUUGGUUUUCAAUCUCCAUAUGAUCCUUUCUGAUACUGUUAAAAUGAAGGAACACCAGGAGGAUCCUGAAAUGUUGAUCGAUCUCAUGUACAGAAUUGCCAAGGGCUACCAGACCUCUCCAGACCUGCGACUGACCUGGUUGCAGAACAUGGCCGGCAAGCAUUCGGAGCGGAGCAAUCACGCUGAAGCCGCGCAGUGUCUGGUCCACUCGGCAGCACUGGUGGCUGAGUACCUGAGCAUGCUGGAAGACCGGAAGUAUCUGCCUGUGGGAUGUGUGACCUUUCAGAAUAUUUCAUCUAAUGUCUUAGAAGAAUCUGCAGUCUCAGAUGACGUGGUAUCUCCAGAUGAGGAAGGCAUCUGCUCUGGAAAGUACUUUACUGAGUCAGGACUUGUGGGAUUACUGGAACAAGCAGCUGCUUCUUUCUCUAUGGCUGGCAUGUAUGAAGCAGUUAAUGAGGUUUACAAAGUACUUAUUCCUAUUCAUGAAGCUAAUCGGGAUGCAAAGAAACUGUCCACAAUCCAUGGUAAACUCCAAGAAGCCUUCAGCAAAAUUGUGCAUCAGAGUACUGGCUGGGAGCGGAUGUUUGGCACCUAUUUUCGUGUUGGUUUUUAUGGAACCAAGUUCGGGGAUUUGGAUGAACAAGAAUUUGUUUACAAGGAGCCUGCAAUAACCAAACUUGCAGAGAUAUCUCACAGAUUGGAGGGAUUUUAUGGAGAAAGGUUUGGAGAGGAUGUGGUUGAAGUGAUCAAGGACUCCAAUCCUGUAGACAAGUGUAAAUUAGAUCCUAACAAGGCAUACAUUCAGAUUACCUACGUGGAGCCAUACUUUGACACAUAUGAGAUGAAGGACAGAAUCACUUAUUUUGACAAAAAUUAUAAUCUUCGCCGCUUCAUGUACUGUACACCCUUCACUCUGGAUGGCCGUGCCCAUGGGGAACUUCAUGAACAAUUCAAGCGGAAGACCAUUCUGACUACUUCGCAUGCCUUUCCUUAUAUUAAAACAAGGGUCAAUGUCACUCACAAAGAGGAGAUCAUCUUGACACCAAUUGAAGUUGCUAUUGAAGACAUGCAGAAGAAGACACAGGAGUUGGCAUUUGCCACACACCAGGAUCCAGCAGAUCCCAAAAUGCUUCAGAUGGUUCUCCAGGGGUCUGUAGGCACGACAGUUAAUCAGGGGCCUUUGGAAGUUGCCCAGGUUUUUCUAUCUGAAAUACCCAGUGACCCAAAGCUUUUCCGACAUCAUAAUAAACUGCGACUCUGCUUUAAAGAUUUUACUAAAAGGUGUGAAGAUGCCUUAAGAAAAAACAAGAGCUUGAUUGGGCCAGAUCAAAAGGAGUAUCAGAGGGAACUGGAGAGAAACUACCAUCGUCUUAAAGAGGCCCUGCAGCCACUUAUCAACAGAAAGAUCCCUCAGUUGUACAAGGCAGUAUUGCCUGUCACCUGCCACAGAGAUUCCUUCAGUCGCAUGAGCCUUCGCAAAAUGGAUCUCUAAAAUAAAUGCAAUUGUUUUAGUCAUUAGAAAAGAGCCGUGUACUCACCAUUGAGUAUGAAAAGAAGCAAAGAUAUAUUGAAAAAUAAGAUGGGAUGGAAUUCUGAAAAUUGCAGCAUUACUUUACUCAUUGAAGAAUGCAGUGGCCAAGACAAUAUCAAAUGCAGAUUGUUAAAGUUUGAGAAUCGUGGCUAUGGUUUCUAAUGUUCUGGUAACAUGCUGUUCUUUUUUAAGACAUUUUAAUGACUCAAAGGUACAAUAUACAUUUACUGUUAUUUAUACCAUAGCUAAUGUUAAAUUUAUUUACUUUAAGUUCAUAUUUUUUAAUUUAUAUUACCAUUUAUAGAUUCAUUUUGGAACCAUUUUAAAUGUAGUAAUACUUAUUUUAAAGGUACUAUUAAAAUAUGUGAAUGUUUACACUAA